AUGGCUAAUACACAGAUCUGUUCCUCGAAGAAAGAAAAACAAUUUCCCGAGUUGAAACUCCGCUUCUCGGGCGGUGAAAACAGCGUGAUGGGUGGCGGUCUGUUAGCUGAGGCUCUCUUGUCGCCGAGAAGAUAUCACAACCUACGAGUCGAACACAAGAAAGCACAAGACGCUAGAAGGGCCGCCACAGCUGCUGAUGAGGGCACUACAUCCAUAAAGGCCGAUGAUGCUGGUGGUGAAGAGCUAGCAAAAGCCCCAGCCUCCAGGGCCGAGAAGGCUAGAGGAACCCCAAGUAAUGAGAAAAGUGAGCAAGCAUGCGAUGCAGAAGCAACAGAAGCCGAGGCAGCUGAGCACAGGGACCUGGAAGCUAAUGGUCAGGCACAUAAACCAGCCAGGUCAGGUCCUUCAGAAGCUGGAUCUGCCAACGGCGCAGGCAGAAAAUCCAGCUCCUCAUCGCAUCACAGCAGCAAGCAGGGUUCAGCCCAUGAUAGCAAGCAGGGUGCCGCGAGAGACCCCCAAGUCUCUCUCGGGCUACGAGGUGGAGGAGGUCCCCUUCACCGUCACACAUCGACUAUAAUUGCGGAUGGCAGUGCGAGAACGGUCCAAACCAGCGGGUCUGGCAUCCCGAGAACCCUCGAUACUCGUGGCAACGUGGGUGCGCAACCACAACAGCAGCCGCCCUCAUUUCGACGUCCAUCGCAAUCAGUCCCACGGCCUCCCCCGACCAGCGAUUCUCGCCCGGCGUUGAACAGACCAAGUGCCCCGCCCACGAUCCUCAACGCUUUGCGAGCGAACACCAUUCGUCCAGAAUCGGCCAUUUCACAGCAGCUCACGGCCGAUCCUGCGGUUCCGGGUCACGACCGGGCCACCCCCCUGGGUCAACACUGGCAAAACACGCGCGGCAGAUGGGACGUGUCUGGAGAAAAUGCUCCUAGUGCCAUGAUCCCGGAAGUGACAGCUCGGCAAAAGAUCUCCAAGUGGAUUGAGGGCCAGACCCAAAAUCCACAGUCGUCUCAAAGCCCAGUCCCUCAGCUCGAUAUCACUGAACGAACCUGUCCCCGUUGCGGAGCUCGGUUUCCUCGCCAGUCUGCCUCACAAAACCGAUCUGGAGCGCGACAACCAGCGCCGUCACAGAAUCAGUCCACUCCCAAGAGCCAUGCUCCAUCUGCUCGCCAGAGCCAUAAAUCCCCGCAAACCCAGCCUCCAGGUCAGAGCAAAUGUCAAUGUCCACCAGGCCAGAAGCAAAACCAGAAUCAGGACAACAACCAGAGCCCGUCCCAGCAAGGUGAGGAGACUCACCAUCAACGAGAGCAGCACCAGCAGCGGGAUUCCCAUCCACAAUUCCAUGACAACGUCCACCCGAGUUCGAAGGCUCAAAGCCAGCAGACCUCUACAAGUAAGGCUCAGCCGCCGAAACAGGCCCCGAUCGGCCGCCGCGAGUCCAUGACAGGGCCACAAACAGCGCAGCAGAGUCGACCUCCGCCGACGUCUCAAAGCCAGCAGGGUUCCAAAACCCAAAAAUCGAGCCAGGAAGGGAGAAACCGGAGCAAGAAGACCCUGAGCACGAUCACUCAUCCUGGUUCCGCCUCUGCUACUGCCGUUGCCUCCACCUCAGCCGCUCGGACCAAGCCAUCCAAUGCCGCAAAAUCGCAGAAACAAAUCAUCCCCUACGCGCCUCAGCGAAGUCAACCGCCUCCACCUCCGCCUCCUCUGCUGCCGCCACCACCACCACCACCACCACCACCACAGGGACAACCGCAACCGCAACAGCAACAGGCACCUUGCUCUCCCCCUAACUCUCUAUCUCCAUCCCAACGCCUCCGCCGCGCCGCAGACCACGCCCCAGAAGGAUGCUACCUGACGGUCGUACCACCGCACAGCGCCCCUGGCCCUGACCUUGGCCGCGGCCCGACCUCCACCCCACGCCUCCCACCAUUCACGCUCGCUGCUAAUCUAGCAGACAUCGCGGCCCAGCAACAGCAGGAUCUCGGCGGUCUGAACCCAGGCUUCGGCGUCAGGUUCGGCAAUCUACGCGGCGGGCACGGGAUGCCAUCCCCACCGUCUCCCUCUCCGUGCCACGGCCACGAGAACGUCACCGACGAGGCCGCGAGAGCGACGGCAUAUUGGCAUUGGAGAUGUGAUAUCGAGACAGAAGUACACUUGGCACGUUGGGGAGAGAUGUUUGCGGGAUGA